AUGUUAGGCUUGGUUGAAACAAAAUUGCAAGUUGUAAAUAAAUUUGAUGUUGUACGUAUUUGGGGUAGCGAUGCGGUGGGUUGGGAGUUUGUUGGAUCGAUAGGCAUGUCUGGGGGUCUAUUAUUAAUGUGGGAUGAGCUACUUUUUAGAAUGAAUAACUGUUAUAAAGGGGAUAGGUGGCUAUGUGUUGAGGGAGUUCUUUUGAAAAAUGAGUUCAACUGUGCUUUCUGUUUGGUUUAUGGUCCUCAUAUGAGAAUUGAAAAACUUGCUGUUUGGGAGGAACUGAGUUAUAUAGCAGGGUUAUGUCAAGUCCCGAUAUGCUACAUGGGAGACUUCAAUGAGGUGUUACAAGUUGAUGAAAGGAAAAAUCAGGACAGGUUAUCAACGUCUGCAGAAGAAUUCAAGAGCUGGAUCCAAGAUAUGCAGUUAGUGGACUUACCGCUGAAUGAUCAUAAAUUGAAGGCUCUUACGGUGCCUUUGGGAAGAUGGCAUAAAGAGAAAUUUGGUGACUUGGAAAAGAAAAUUCAGCAUUUUGAGGAGGAGAUUAAGAAGGUGGAUGAUCUGGUUGGAAAUGGUGUCUAUGAUGGUACAAUGGAGGCUAGAAGAAAGGCUCUAGUAAGCUGUUGCAAGCAGUGGUAUGUGAGGAAAGAGAUACACUGGAAGCAGAUGUCGCGUUCUAGGCAUGCGAAGGACAUGGAUAAAAACACACGAUACUUUCAUAGCCUGGCGUCGGCAAGAAGAAGGAACAAUAGGAUUGAUGCUUUGAUGAUUAAUGGAAGGUUGGUAAGAAAUCAAGCCAGGAUCAAGAUUGCCAUCAGAGAUUUUUACAGAGAGUUGUAUCACCAAGAGAGAUCCCCGGUAAUAGGGUUUAGGGAUGGUCUGGUUAACCGGAUUAAAGAGGAAGAAUCCAGUGCAUUGGAGAGCAUACCAUCAUUGGUGGAGAUUAGGGAGGCUGUUUGGGACUGUGAAUCCUCUAAGGCUCCAGGUAGUGAUGGGUAUAAUAUGAACUUCAUAAAAAAGUGCUGGGAUGAGAUUGGCACAGAGUUCUUGACAGCUGUUCUGGAUUUCUUUCGGUCAUCAAGGUUGCCGCCUGAUUCCAAUGUUACUUGGGUGGCUCUUGCUCUGAAGUUCACUGGAGCUAAGGAGAUAAAAGAUCUCAGGCCGAUCAGCAUGGUUGGCUGCAUCUACAAAGUUAUUUCAAAGGUGAUGGUCAGAAGGAUGAGAUCAGUAAUGCCAGGCUUAGUAGGAGAGACUCAAAGUGCUUUUGUGAAAGGUCGAAAAAUUCAUGAUGGGGCUCUGAUUGCGUGCGAAACAGUGCAAUGGCUGAAGACGAGGAAGAAGAAGGCAGCAAUUAUCAAAUUAGAUUUUCAGAAGGCUUAUGAUAGAGUGAAGUGGAACUUUGUGGAUAUUGUGCUACAGAAGAUGGGAUUUGGUCGUAGAUGGAGAGAGUGGGUUAGAGAGUGUAUCGGUUCGGCGUCCAUGGCAAUUCUGAUAAAUGGUUCCCCUUCCAAACCUUUCAAGAUGGAGAGAGGCUUGAGACAAGGUGACUCAUUGUCCCCGUUCUUGUUUGUACUGGUAGUGGAGGUCUUACACAGGAUGAUAGGGGAGGCAGUGAGAAACAGACAAAUCUCGCCGCUGUUGGUGGGAAAGGAAAACAUAGAGUUAUCACAUCUUCAGUUCGCAGACGACACUAUUUUAUUCUGUCCACCGGAGGAGGAGACCGUUAGAAACUAUGCCAGACUGUUAAGCAUUGGACCGACAACAUGUGUAGUUUUUUGGGGGUGUAAAGAAGCGAACCUCCUAGUCCGAUACCUUGGUAUUCCUCUAGGAGCAAAUCCAAGGCGGGUAAAGACAUGGAAGCCGAUAAUUGACAAGGUUGAGGAAAAGCUCAGUUUGUGGAAGGCUAAGGUGCUAAAUAAAGCGGGUAAGCUAGUCCUUAUUAAGUCUGUGUUGAAUAGCUUGCCAGUGUACUAUCUGAGCCUGUACAAGAUGCCGAAGGCCGUGGCAGAAAAGUUGAUAUCAUUACAGAGAAGAUUCUUAUGGAGUAAGGAGGAAGGUAGGAACGGGAUAGCACUAGUCAAGUGGGAAGUGGUUCAGGCCCCUAAAAAGGAGGGUGGCUUGGGGGUAGGAGAUGCAGUGAUUAGAAACUCUGCCCUAUUAUUUAAGUGGUGGUGGCGAUUUUCGAAGGAGGAGUGUCCUUUAUGGAAGAAGGUUGUUUGCUCCUGUUACGACUUGAAGCCCAAUAUGAUGUUAUCUACUCAGCCAUUGCCUACUAAGGGGGGACCAUGGAAGGACAUAUGCCAGUUGCAGCUCAAGGAUAGUAAUGUUAGGGACAAGAUGAUUACUGGGUUGUCUAUGGAGGUGGGUGAUGGCAGGAGGACUCUUUUCUGGGAAGAUGUCUGGUUACAAGGCGGUUCCCUCAAGUUGAGGUUUCCGAGACUUUUCUCUAUUUCAAAUCAGCAAGGAUCUGUCAUAGGGGAUUGCGGGUUUUGGGAUGGGUUAGAGUGGGUAUGGAACUUUCAGUGGAGGCGAGGCCUAUAUCAAUGGGAGUUGGAAUUAUUGAAUAGGUUACAUGAAGCUUUAAGGCCUAUAAAUCUAGCAAGUGAUAAGCAAGACAGACUUGUGUGGAAGUAUGGCAAGGAAGGAAUUUUUUCAACUAACUCUUUUGUGCAGGUGGUGCAAUCAGAGACUAUCUCAGAGGAUAUCACAAGCUUCAGCUUCACCAGAACCAUUUGGAAAGGCGUCGUGAACAGAAAUGAGGAGCGGAAUCGGUGGCUAAGGUGCUUCUUUGCGGUCAUUUGGAAUAUAUGGCUGGAGAGGAACAGACGUAUUUUUAAUUCCAAAGAAGGUGAUUCAGAAGAGGUGUAUCAAUGGUCCUUGACCAGUUAUGGAGAGUGGAGUAGUAGGAACCUUGUUGUUGUUGAUGGCAAUGCCGGAGAUGACAAUAGGGAUAGUUGA